AUGCAAAAACCAGACAGCUUCCAUCCUUCUUCUACAGGAAAAGGAAGAAAGUCUAUGCCAAUUCUUCGGGACAUUCUUUACUGCACAGCGCUAGCAGGAAAGGCGCUGAUACAGGACGAGUUCUCUUCUUGUUUUCAGCAGAAGGAGACAAAAACAGAAUUCACAUUUGCAUACGGAUGGAGCAUGUUUUGCCGGUACAGCCUGAUUCUUCCAAUUCGGCUGCCUCUCACGCUGGCCAUACUUUUGUUCUAUUCAGCUGCCAUCAUAGUAUCGCGUGUGGUGCUUCGGGGGAUGGGAAGUGAUUUUCUUCUUACGCAUGCAUGCAAAAGCCUGCUCUGGGCAAUGGGCGUGCGGAUAAAGCACUAUGGAACAAAAAAAAGGCCGCACUUGCCGCACAUAUACGUAGCAAACCACACCACAUAUAUGGACUAUCUAAUUUUGAGCAGCCAUAAGUUUGCGCACUCUGUUAUUGCCCAGAGGCAGGGAGGGUUUAUGUCAAUGCUUUUAAAAUUAGUGAGUGGCUCUGUGCAGUUUGAAAGAAAGAUAAAAGCAAACAGGCACGAGGUAAAGGAGGAGAUACGAAAGCUAACCCAGAAGGCAUCUAUUAUUGUGUUCCCUGAAGGAACCUGUGUCAACAAUGAGUACACAGUUAUGUUCCAAAAGGGGGCAUUUGAGCUAGGGGUGCCUGUAUAUCCUGCUGCAAUAAAGUAUAACAAAAGCCUUGGAGACCCAUACUGGAACACAAGAAAGCAGUCAUUCACAAAGCACUUCAUAUACAUUAUAACAAGAUGGCACACAGAAGUGUCUGUCUGGUGGCAAGACGCCGUGGAGCUGCAAGAAAACGAGAAUGCGUCUGAGUUUGCGACUCGAGUCAAAAAAAUCAUAUCGGAAAAAGCAGGGCUGAAGAAUCUUGUGUGGAAUGGAUAUCUAAAACACUGCAAAAGUCCAGAAGAAAUGAAGGAAAUAAAACAGUGGGGCGACCAGCUGACCCCUACGCUUUUGCCUGCCUCAGAUAGAGAAUAG